AUGGCUGCCAAGGCCUCUGAAAAUGGAAAGAGAAAAAGGGAGGAUGAGAAUUCUCGUCGCUCCGAUAGGAAGAGUUCCGGGUUAAAAAGAGACAGUCAGCAGUCGGUUGAGAAGACCAAGUGCAAAACCUGUAGGAAAUACCACCUCGGGAAAUGCAGAUUCGAAUCUCAGCCCCUACCUUGUGGGAUUUGCAAAUCACAGGAACAUAAAACCCUGGAUUGCGAAAAGCUAAAAGAUGCAACCUGUUACGGUUGUAACGAGAGGGGGCAUGUCAAGACCAACUGCCCUAAGAAUCAGAAGAAACCCGAAGAAGCCAAAAGAACAAACGCAUGA